GCAUCAGUGCAGAAGGAGACAGGAGGUUGAGCUGCUCUAUGUGGGCGUCGUAUAUAACGAACUUUAUUCCACAGUCGAGUAAUUGUUAUAUAUAAAGCUACAAAAUCAACCAUGGCUCAAGCAUUAAAAGAAAGAUUCAACAAGUUCCUUCACGAGAAAAACGUCAUGACGGACGUGCUGGCGAAGAUAGAGGCCAAGACCGGGGUGAACCGCUCUUACAUCGCGCUAGCUGUCAUCGGUGUUAUUUCAGUUUACCUCGUCAUCGGUUAUGGAGCUUCUCUGCUCUGCAAUCUCAUCGGAUUUGUUUACCCUGCCUACAUAUCGAUCAAAGCCAUUGAAAGCACCGACAAAGAAGACGACACAAAAUGGCUCACCUACUGGGUUGUGUACGGUGUGUUUAGCGUGGCCGAGUUCUUUGCUGACAUCUUCCUGUCCUGGUUCCCAUUCUAUUACAUAGGAAAGUGUGCCUUCCUGGUGUGGUGCAUGGCUCCAACUCCCUCUAACGGCUCCGUGCAGAUCUACACGCGCAUCAUUCGACCUUUCUUCCUAAGGAACGAGGCCAGGUUCGACACUGUGGUGAAGGACAUCAAGGAAAAAGCAUCUGAUGCUGCAGAUAAAUUUAAAGAGGAAGCCAAGAAAGCCACUGCUAACAUCAUUUUCGAGGAGAAAAAGAGCUCCUAAGCAGCUGUGAGGGAGACACCACUCCGAUAUGCACUAUUGGUACAUGUCCCCAAGGACGAUCACGGGCCUGAAUAAAUGUUGCCUUUAUUUUUUGUGUGCGCCUUUGUAAACAACUGGAAUAUUCCUACUGGUUUCGCCUACUUUUUUCUCUCUGUGCAAAUAGCAGUGCCUGCAACAGAGUUCCGUUUAAAUAUAUAUUUCACAUAAUACCAAAUGUCAGUGAUGCUCAACUGCUAUGCUUCAGUCCCAGUAAAUAAAAAAGUCUUACCUCC